UGACCUACAGCUUGUCAUAAUAUUCAACAUGGCAGCUUCCAUGAUUCAGAGGAAUAUUCCUGUGUUUAAACAGAAUAUGUCGGCUGCUUUCGGCAAUAGCAGCCUCGUGGUCAAGACCGUCGCAGUCUUAGUGUUUUUCGGUUAUUUCCUGUCGUUCAUUCCUAAGGGAACGCCAUACAUAACCGUCACACCAGGCUAUGUGCUGCCACCUAACUUCUGGGUUUGGACCUACUUGACACAUAGUUUCGUCGAAUUCCAUAUCUGGGACGUCUUAGCAGACGUCUUGGUGGUUAUCCUGUGCGGAAAACUUCUUGAACCACUCUGGGGCGCCAUGGACAUGUUGAUAUUCUUUGUUAUCACAAAUCUAUUAGUUGCCAUAACAACAUCUUUUACAUACCUGUUUAUUUACUUUGCUACGAAAAACGAAGAUUAUCUAUUUGAGACAUACAUCCAUGGACUUGCUGGCUACAUUGCUGGAUUUUCAGUUGCAGUUAAGCAAGUCAUGCCAGAUCACGUGCUUGUCACUUCCCCUUUUGGUAAACUGAGAAAUACUCACAUUCCAUUGAUACUUGUUUCUGUGGUGAUAACCUUGAGACUGCUUGGGGCCUUGGAUGGACCUUAUCCCAUCAUGUUCACAUGGGGAGUACUUAUCAGCUGGAUUUACCUUAGAUUUUACCAGAAACAUUCCAAUGGGAACAGAGGAGAUAUGGCGGAUAACUUCAGCUUUGCAAGUUUCUUUCCCAGCAAAUUUCAGCCAGUGGUGAACAUAUUGGCAAACACAGUGUUUUCAUUCUUUGUUAAGGUAAAAAUCUGCAAGAAGCCCCAGCGCCGGUAUGAUGUUAGCUCUCCAACCACUAUCACAAUCACAUUGCCUGGAACCGACCCACAAGACGCAGAGAGAAGAAAAAAUCUGGCCCUCAAAGCACUGAACGAGAGACUCAAUAAAACUGCUGAGUCAUCCAACACCAGCUGGCCAAGCCUGGAUGAUGAAGAAGUUACCUCCCCUGUGGAAUCUUCUCCAAAGGGAGACAAUUCAGCUAUAACCACAAAGCAGGAAGUCUCCAAAACUGAAACAUAAAAGAAAGUACAGACAAAGGACAAUAAAUAUCAUAACCAUGUAUUAUAAUAUAUAUAUAUAUUUGCAACAAUUCUCAUUUCUGUGAAAUAUUUGUGCUUUCGUUAUGUUUGGUCUACAUAGAAAGUGGUCUGCCUGCGUGUUUGAGUUUGUGUGUUUGUGGUUUGAACAACAUUGAUUUGAAAUAAGUUUUUAGUGUCUUGCAAACAUCAAACAUUUUGCUUGCCAAAAGGAUUUAAAAAUAACUGUCUCUAAAAUAUUACUAACCAGUAGGUGUUUUACCAUUCAUAUUUAACAUAGUGUGCAUUGAAUGAAACAUUGGCUUCUUGUGAAUGUUUUUUAUGUCAACAUGUUGUUGCUUGUUAUGAAUUCUAUCAAAGUUAUUUAUUUAUAAAGCAGUAUUUCUGACCAUCUGCCUGUCUGACAGGUUCCACGGAGACUGAAGUGUAUUCAUACAAACUUUAUAGUGAGCGGUGGUCACUGUCAUCAGAUAAUUAAGUAGGGAUAUUCUGUGAGAGAUGUUGAACAAAUAGUAAGCAUUUUACUCAAAAAACAUGGUGGUAUUACCUGAAUGGUGGUAAAUUGUAUUAAAGCCCCCUUUUUUCAUGCCAAAAAAUAUUUAUUCUUCCCUAAUUUGAAUAAACAUAUUUCCCUUAUUGGAAGUGAAAACCCCCAUAGAUUAUCAUUCAUAACAGAAACAUUCUCUUUUUAGCAACGUGCUCAUGGUGAGCUUUUGUGAUCGCCUUUUGUCCGCCGUGUGUCGUGCGCCAUCAACAUUUGCCUUGUUAACUCUCUAGAGGGCACAUUUAUUAUCCGAUCUUCAUGAAACUUGGUCAGAAGAUUUGUCCCAAUGAUAUCUUGGAUGAGUUCAAAAAUGGUAACCUUUGCUUGAAAAACUUGGCUGCCAAGGGGCGGGGCAUUUUUCCUUAUAUGGCUAAAUAUGGCUAAAGUAAAAUCUUGUUUUACACUCCAGAGGCCACAUUUAUUGUCCAAUCUUCAUGAAACUUGGUCAGAAGAUUCAUCCCAAUAAUAUCUUGAAAGAGCUCGAAAAUGAUGCAGGUUGGUUGAAAAACAUGGCCGCCAGGGGGCGGGGCAUUUUUCCUUAUAUGGCUAUACUCAAACCUUGUCAACACUCUAGAGGUCACAUUUAUUUUCCAAUCUUCAUGAAACUUGGUCAGAAGAUUUGUCCCAAUAAUAUCUUGUUAUCUCAGGUGAGCGACUUUGGGCCUUUCAGGCCCUCUUGUUUAUAAAGCUACUGAAGAAAACUUUGUUUAUUUUAUAGAGUGUUGAAAAGUUGUUAAAAAAAAUGCAUAAUGUGUGAGCACAUUAAAAAAAACUGCUCUACAGUUUUGCCUAAAACAUGAACUGAGGCAUAUAGUUUGUGUGUUGAUUCAAGACUACAAUCAAAGAUUUGGUGCAUUAAUGAAGAUUGUGGCAUUAUUUUUAAAGGUUAUUUCAAAGAUUUUACAUAUAGCAGUAAUAAAGAUUGAAUUGUGGCCUUGAAACAUAAGGCUUUUUUUAAAACUUUUACCAAGUGAUUGCAGACUUUACAUAGAAGUUUGUAAAACUUGUUAGGGAUUGUCAAAAGAAAUUGUUUGAAAAAGAUUGUGUAGAUAUUAGAUGAGUUUCAUGUUAUCAUUCGUUAUGAAAUAAUUUCAUGAUUAUUCAUAAUAUUUUUGAAGAUUUUGUAGUAAACUGGGGCUAACAUAGUAGUCCUUUUUCUUUUUCCAUUAUAUCAUGUACAAUAUUGUCAUACCUUGUAACAAUUUGAAGUAACACAAUCUACCUUUUAUGUACAGAUUUAUGAUGCAAUCUUCUUUCAUAAAUAAAUUAUGAAUGGCAAUAAAGUAAAAUUAUUUUUUCAGUUUAUUGGAUGCCAUUAGAAAAAAUACUUUGCUAGUAUUGCCUUUGAUCAUUAUUACAGCAGUUUUCCAGUUCUUGAAAUCUUACCAAUCCCCUACGUUUUUGUUUUCACCUUUUGUUUUCACAGAUGGCAAAUUUUAUGGAAAGGGGGCAUAAUAUAUUUUUGUGUAGACAAGCAUGAUUAAAAAAUCAUAUUCUGUUCAUUCUUGCAUAAGUCAUGUACAUGCUGUUUCAUUUGGAAACUCUAGUUUGCUUUGCUGUGUAAAUAUUGGAACUUCAAAAUUAUUUUAAUUUUAUUUAUCACUUUAUCGGGUAUUUAUUGUUCUUGAUGUGAUAGUAGUACAAACAUAAUAAUGAGGUAAUAACUGAUUGUUGAUGGUAGUAUAUUGGUACAUUUCUUGUGAAAAAAAUUUGUUUAGAAAGAUUUUGAAUAAAAUAACUGUUUCAUUCUCUUUAUUAAGUACAUACAUUGUGUUUAUAUGUUAAAUACUUUUGGUAGUUACAUGCUUAAUUUUUAUGAAAUUAAUAAUGAUGAUGAUGCUUUGACUGUAAAAGUCGAUUCUUAACCUAACUACAUCAUUUAAUUAAACAGUGAAAUCCUAAUAAGUACUAUUCUAAAAUAAUUUGUUAAAUCCAUAUUUGGUUUGAAAAGUUUUCUUGUCUGUGAAUGCUCAAUAUGUUAAAUAUAAUAAUAUACCUGUUAGUGAUUAUAUUUGUGUAUUUAUUUUAAAAAUUGUUUUCUAUUAAUACUUUGUAGACUGGUUUCAAGUUGUAGCUGGUAUUGUUUUUCAUGGAUGUUCAUGUUUUCAUUAUUGGUUUAAGAAACAUGUAUUUAAUUAAUUAAAAUACUAAAAAAAUCUAA